UUCCAGUGUACGUUUUUUUUUUUUUCCAUUUAUAUACAGCAAAUAACAGAACCCUCUUGCCGCCAUUAACAUUCUACUGCAAUCUUUUCAUUUCUUGACACUCUUGCCUUUGUGGUUGUCACAAACAAUGUUCGAUUCAGUGUUGGAAUUGGUAAGUCAAGCAACUUCCAACUCUCUUUUCGUCUUCUGUUGUUGCAAUUUGAUCAUUGUCAUCAUCCUCAUGGGGUCCAAACCCAGCUCCAGCUUUGAACAAGGAAGAGAAAGCUGUGUUCCAGUGGUGGCAAAUACAUCUGCUAAUGGUGUUCAAGUAAAAGAAACUAAUUACUGCAUGCGUUUUUCUGAUGAGAAUGUUAAAAGGGUUGUGUGUGUUGAGGAAGAGUUGAAUGUGGAGGGAGAACAAGAGCCUGAUGAUGAUGAGGAAGAAGAAGAAAGUAGCAGUUUUGCAGAUGGUGACAAGGAAGAUGAUGAGUUUAGGAGACGAAUUGAAGAGUUUAUUCACAAAAUCAAUAGCGGAUGGAAGGCUGAAUUGCUCAGGACUUCUUGUUUAGUGUAACAUAGAUUCUUUUCUUACUGUAUUAGGCUUGACCAACAUGAAAGACUUUAUUUUGUUCAAAGCAAUGUGACACACAGUUUUGAGUAUACAAUUGAAUACGUAAAUGAGUAUUAUCAUAUGAUUAUAUAUAACUUUAUCCUUAAUUUAAAAUAAUUCAAUUAUAUGA